AUGACCCCUGCUAUAAGCGCUCAGAGGGCUGAGCCUCAAGUCCCCACCAAUGCUUCAAGUUCUGGGUCUGUAUCGGAUACAGCGCCCCUGAUGCCCGAGACACUCAAGAAAGCCGUCGAGCACAUUAACCAGCUCGCGAAUCUCCCUGAUUUCAAGGGAGCUACUCAGAUCUUCGUACAGAUGAAUGAGCAGCAGAAGACGAUCGAAGAUAAAAAUGGAGAGCUAGCGAAACUAAAAGAUGCAAUUGAUGGAUUGUAUUUGCGCCAUCAAAGCCUAACGACUGAAAUGGCAGAACUCCGAACAGAGAACAAUACCCUUCAAGGACAGCUCGAGGAGAAGGAGGAGGAAGUGUCCGAAGGAUCUCGCAAAGCCGAUGCUCUCCAAAAGCAGGUCGAUUCACUCUUGUCGGAGAUAGAUGGGUAUGUGAAGAAUCAUAGUGAAUUCGAGGAGAAGAAAAAAGAGAACGAGAACAAGAUCAACAAACUGGAGCUGUCGGAGUCUACUUUGAAGGAACAGCUCGCUUCAGAAAGGGGGAAGAAUCAGAAACUGGAGGCUGAUAAGGCCUUACUCGAAAAGUCAAUGCAGAGCAUUAAAGGCAAACUUCAGAAGCUUAUCAACUUUACCGCCGGUCAUUCCAAUGAGAGCGAAAGCUCAAUGCUGGAACAAUUCUCAGAGCUUUGGAAUUAUGCCAAUGAUAAACUGUCUGCAGUUAUACAAGAAGAUAUUACUCCUGAUCGCUUGAGUGUUAUCAAGUUUCUCCCCGAGGCAGAAGACAUGCCCCUGUUGGCCUCUAAUUCUGAGGCUUCCAAAACAAUGCGACUGGCCGUAAUGCUAGCGAUCCUAUCGAAACAGAUCGACGAGGAGAUAUUCCAACCCAACUAUUUGAGCUCAGAUAAACGGAACUUCCGAGAAGUUCUAACUGAAGUUGCCUACAUUGACCCAGAGAAAGAGUCCUUUCUUCGAUCUUUGCUUCUUUCUAUCGAUCCCGAGGAGCAGGAGAAAGAGCUCGAACGCAGGAGCGAGAGAAUCGGCCAAGUCGUGCCCCAGAUCUUAACCAACCUUCUUUCUGGCGAGCAAGGUGAAAAGCUUCAGGAAGCUGUCCAUGAUGUGGUACAAAUGGCCAUUCGGACCUGGACUCCCAUCCAGCAUGCCCAGAAGAAAUACGAACCUGUUUUCGACUACAAAAAUUGGGACAAGAAAGACUGGAAAGGAUUUAAACCCGCUGGGAAAAUCCUCAACUCAGGUCAAGCUGGUGAAAACCCCGCAGCCCUUUGUAAAUUUGCUGUUUUCCCAGCUAUGUCCUCGUUUGGACUUGACAUGGACGAAAUUUUGAAACCUUUCGCACUGCUGGUCAAAUCCCAAAAGCUGUACGUUGCUGCUGAGGAAGAUAAGAAAGCCAGUACAAAGCAAGAGAUAAAUGAGGCAUCUAGCCCUACGAGUGGGAAGAUGAGCAACAAGCGACGGCCUUCUAACGCUCAACAGGCUCAGCCUGGCUCGAAUGGCCAUGGGGCUACGAAUGGAAAGGGUCAUUUUUUAGGGCAGUGA